UUUUUCCCCACUCAAAACAUGAUCCUCCUGUCUGGCCUAUUCAGGCUCAGCGACGCAUCCCCUUUCCUUGGAGAAACAAAGCAGGAAAUUCUCACCAACAUCACAGCGGUGAAUUACGAAUCUGAUGAGGAAUUCUUCAGUCACACCAGUGAUCUGGCAAAAGACUUUAUCCGGAAACUCCUAGUGAAAGACACGCGGAAACGGCUCACAAUUCAAGAAGCUCUCACUCGUCCUUGGAUAACGACUUACCAGUUGAUAGAAGAAAGAAAAGUCCAAGAAAACAAGAAGGCUGAGAACAGUCAGCUGAAGACAAAAGGUCUGAAAGAGUACACCAUCAAGUGUCAUUCAAGUAUGCCACCAAAUAACACCUACGUCAACUUUGAGCGCUAGCGGGUGGUAGAAGACAUUUCUCUGAUGGAACAUGGUUUCAGCACUCUGACUAUGUCCCACGACUCCCUGCAGGAGGAUAUGGAUGUUCUCAUUUCCAUAUAUAAUGAAAAAGAAGCUUGGUACAAAGAAGAAAAUGAAAAUGUGAGACACAAGCUUUCACAGCUGAAGUAUGAGCACCAUAAAAUUGAAUCCCUGAAGAAACAUCUGCAGGAUGACAUCAAGACUGUAGGUUCUAGCCUUGCAAGUGUCAUUGGGAAAUACAUUGAUGUAAAGUCUCAGUAUGAAUCUCUGAGUCAGGAACUUUCUGAGGAACUCAGGUGGAUCCAGGAUUUAAUGAGUAGUUUUCAGCUGGUGAAUGGAAAUGAUGCAUGUGUGAAUGGAAACUUUGGCUCUGUUUUCAACAAAGAUACUAAUGAAUCACUAAUGGAGCUGUUAAAUAGAUCUUGCUGUGAAGAAUUCCUUGCAGGCUUGAAUCUUGAUGUUGCAGAAUCAAGUCAGUAAUGGUUAAUAGGCAAAAAUCUGCAUUAGAACUCCUAUCUUGCUGUCUGUCUGUCUCAAUGUGCAACAGUAAGAAAUCAUCUCAGUUUGUAACUUCAGAACAAAA